AUGGGGACGGAUGUCCCAGCAGUCACGACGGGGACGGCGACAGCGACGGAAGAAGGAGAGCCUGCCCCCGCGGCGACGGCGAGGAUGGCGGCCGCGAGGGAGGCUGGGACUUCCACCCGGGGAGUCCUAGCGGAGGUGGCGGAGGUGCCUGCUCCAGAGGCCCCGAUGGGGGCGGAGACGCCUGCCUCGGCGGUCGCGACGGAGGGCGUGGCGGCCACGGGGACGCUCGCUCCGGCGGCUGCGUCGGAGGCAGUGGCACCGACUGGCGGGCCCGCGGCGGCCUCGACGGGGGCACGUACGCGGGCGCCGGGACCGUCGGUGAGCCCGGCGAGUUCCGGGAUGGUGGAGCCCGUUUUGACGGCGGCGUCAGGGUUGGCUCCCGCCUCUGCCUCGGCCACUCCCGUUCCCAAGGCGUGGAGAGGGUCCAUCCUGCGUUGGUCAUCUCGUGAUGACCCGUCGAGACACCUCUUCACUUUGGAUGACGCCACGGAAUGGCGCAGGUGGCAGGCGAUGCAGGGCGGCCUCGCUAACGCCCGCACGGCUCUGUUCUCGGCAUUGGGGGAGCUGGACAGCGUCGUCCUCCCUAGUAGCCAGGUUGCCGCCGCCCAGCAGGUCAUCGACGAUCUGCAGAGGCGCGAGCGAGCGGCGCAGGAGGAUGCGCGGCGGGCGGUGGCCAAGUUCCAAGCCAUCGUUGAUCAGGCUCGCCUCGACCGUGAGGAGCUCCAGGCCGCUACUGCCAAGAGGGCCCGCCUUGAUGCCGAGGAGCUCACGCAGCUGAGGGGAGAUUUCGAUGCCCUUCAGAAAACUGUCGAGCGUAUCCGGCGCGAGCGGCAAAAGGCUUGGCAAGAGCGGGACUUCGAGGUGGCCCGGAAGGGCAAGGUUGAGAAGAUGGCGGCCGAGCUUGGUGCGGAGGUUGGCCAGUUCCAAUCGCAAGUGCAGGGGCUCCAGACCGCUGUUGCCCAGGGGGUCGACCGGGAGCGUGAGCUGAAGGCCUGGUCCGAGGGUAAGAUUUCCUUUCGUUUCUUUAUCUCUGUGGUGUUGCGGUGGUUUCUGAUUUUGGUGGGCCCUUCUGGGUGGUCCUUGCAGAUGAAAUCGCCCGACUGA